AGCCCGGGGGUCCCUCCCCGCGCCCCGCCGCACCCCACGGGCACCCCGGCUCCUUCUCCCGCCCCGCCACCGCCGCAUCCUCCGCGCCCGACCGCUACGGGAUGUCCCCCGCCACCGCCUCCUGCUACGGCGUCCCCAAGCACCUCCCGGAGCACCGGACUCACUGCGGCUUCACGGAGGGCACCGGGCGGCCUCCCCGGGACGUGCCGGGUGCCCAGCGUGUGCCCGGUCGCCAGGAGUGCCAGCAGGCGCUGUCGCGCUGGUUCUGCAGCCAGGAGCCGCGGCGCAGCGCCUCGGAGGAGCGGCGGCACGCCAUGCCCCGCUACCGCAGCGUGUCCCACGACCGCCUGGGCGGCUCCGGGGCCGCGGCCACCCGGGGCUGGCCCCACAGCGCCUCGCACGACACGCUGCUGCAGCCCAGCCGCGAGGGCUGGGCCCCCCGCGCCCGCUCCGACCACUACCUGGGCAGGUACGGGCGCUCCAUGGAGGCGCUGGAGCCCGGCGCGCUGCUCUCCUCGCACCUCGACCGCUCCGCCUGGCCGCCCGAGAGGCUCUGCCGGGCGGCUGCCGCUGUCCCCGCCGCCCCGGUGCAGAAGCACCCGUCGCAGCCCAACCUGCAGAGCGUGGAUGACUCGGGCUACAUCGGCUACCGCAGCUACAGCCCGUCCUUCCAGCGCCGCACCGGGCUGCUGCACGCCCUGUCCUGCCGCGACCCGGCCUUCGGGGGGCUGCCCACCUUCAGCAUCGCGCAGCGGGCCGUGGCCCCCGCGCCCCGGGAGCCGCGGCCCGAGGGCGGCCGCGUGUCCGAGCAGCCGGAGGAGCGCAGGGAGGAGGUGGUGCUGCGGCAGAAGCCGCCCACGGGCCGCAAGGUGCCCGCGCCGCUGCGGCAGAUGAACUUUGUGUUCCCCGAGGGGGUGAAGGAGAAGGACAUUUGUGACCCCGCGGGGGCCGCGGGCAGAGGGGACAGGCCGGGGAACGAGCGGCCGGGCCGGCGAGUGGCUCCCUUGGCGGCCCCCGAGGACUCGCUGGCGUCCAUCCCCUUCAUCGACGAACCCACCAGCCCCAGCAUCGACCUGAAGGCCAAGCACGUCCCGGCCUCCUCGGUGGUGUCCAGCGCCAUGAACUCGGCGCCCGCCAUGGCCACCAGCCCCGCGUCGCCCACCUUCGCCUUCGCCCUGUCCCGGCACUACUCCCAGGACUGCAGCAGCAUCAAGGCCGGCCGCCGCUCCUCCUACCUGCUGGCCAUCACCACCGAGCGCUCCAAGUCCUGCGACGACGGUCUGAACGCAUUUCGGGACGAGGGGAAGGUCCUAAGGAGGAUGCCCAGCCGGGUCCCCAGCCUCCGCAUGCUGAGGAGCUUCUUCACCGACGGGUCUCUGGACAGCCUGGGCACGUCCGAAGACGCCCGUUCCAAAAGACACUCGACCUCCGACCUCUCGGACGUGCCGUUCAGCGCCGUGAGGAAGGAGGGCUGGCUCCACUGCAAGCAGAUCCUCACCAAAAAGGGGAAGAAGGUCGGUGGAGGCAUCCGGCAGUGGAAGCGCGUCUUCGCCGUGCUGCGCACGCACUCGCUGUACCUGUGCAAGGACAGGCGGGAGGCGGUGACCUGCGCCCCGGCCCCAGGUGAGGAGGAGCCGCCGAUCAGCAUCCAAGCGUGCCUGGUGGACAUCUCCUACAGCGAGACCAAGAGGAAGCACGUCUUCCGCCUGACGACCGCUGACUUCUGUGAAUAUCUCUUUCAGGCAGAGGAUCGGGAAGACAUGCUGGCCUGGAUCAAAGUCAUCAGGGAGAACAGCAAGGCUGAGGGCGAGGACCCCGGUUUUGCCAGCCAAGCCCUAAUCAGCAAGAAGUUAAACGACUACCGGAAAGUGAGCCCUGCGGGCACCAAGCCCGACUCGUCGCCCAAGGGCCCUCGUGGGCUGGGGAUCCGAGCCGAGUUCCUGAAGCAGACGGGAACCAGCGCGCCCCGGUCCCCCCGGCAGGACGCAGCUGGCACAAAAGAUGAAAGCAGCUCCCAAAAAGCCCCGUGGGGCAUCAACAUCAUGAAGAAGAACAAGAAAUCUGCCCCGCGCGCUUUCGGCGUGAGGCUGGAGGAUUGUCAGCCUGCCCCGGACAACAAGAACGUGCCCCUGAUCGUGGAAGCGUGCUGCAAGGUGGUGGAGGACCGGGGGCUGGAGUACAUGGGCAUCUACCGCGUGCCCGGCAACAACGCCGUGGUGUCCAGCCUGCAGGAGCAGCUCAACAAGGGAGCCACCGAGAUCAACCUGCAGGACGAGCGGUGGCAGGACCUGAACGUCAUCAGCAGCCUCCUGAAAUCCUUCUUCCGAAAGCUGCCCGAGCCCCUCUUCACCGACGAUAAAUACAACGACUUUAUCGAAGCCAACCGCAUCGAAGAUGCCAGCGAGAGGAUGAGGACGCUGAGGAAGCUGAUCCGGGACCUGCCAGGCCACUACUACGAGACCCUCAAGUUCCUGGUGGGUCACCUGAAGACCAUCGCUGACCACUCAGAGAAGAACAAGAUGGAGCCCCGGAACCUGGCGCUGGUGUUCGGCCCCACGCUGGUGCGAACGUCCGAGGACAACAUGACCGACAUGGUGACGCACAUGCCCGACCGCUACAAGAUCGUGGAGACCCUCAUCCAGCACUCAGACUGGUUCUUCAGUGACAAGGAGGACAAGGGUGAGAAGACCCCCGUGGAUGAGAAGGAGGCUCAGUCCGUGCCCAACAUCGAGUACCUGCUGCCCAACAUCGGCAGGACCGCGGCGCCCGGCGACGCCGCAGGCUCCACCCGCAGCGGCUCCGCCAAACCGAAGGGCACGUGGCCGUCGCGCAAAGCUCCGCCGCACCGGGAGCUCCUCGCCAUCCCCUUCGUCUCGGCCGCCGCCCGCAAGAGGAAGAAGAGGAGAGAGGCCGAAGGCGUUGGGAGCAGCACCGACGACGACGCGGAGCGCAGGGACAGCCCGGGCCGGCCGCAGGAGCGGGAGGGCCCCGCGGUGACACCCGGCAAAGCCCCCCGCGGCACCGGCACCGAGCCGGCGGCUCCCGGCCCGGCCGGGCUGGAGCGGGAAUGCUCCGCCGAUCCCGCGGGCAGCGGCUCCGAGCCGGCCCCGGACGCCCGCUCCAUCGUGUCCGGCUACUCCACGCUGUCCACCAUGGACCGCAGCCUGUGCUCCGAGGCGCGCUCGGUGGCCGGGAGCCGCGGCGAGGAGGCGGAUGACGAGCGCAGCGAGCUCAGCCACAUGGAGACGGACACGGAGAGCCGCGAGGGAGCGCGCCGGGCCGGGGGGGGGACAGGCGACCAGGACGAGUCCCCCCCGGGCCGCCCCUCCUUCAGCUCGCACCGCCUGAUCCAGUGCGACACGCUGGCCCGCAGGAAGCUGGCCAGGGACACCGCGGGGGCGGCCAGCGGCCACGAGCAGAGCUGGGGGGCCCCGGGGCGAGCGUCGCUGCGGGAGCAGCUCCGGCAGCACCUGCGGGGCUCCGCCGGUGACACGGGGGUCCGCCUGCGCCGGGCGCACUCCCCCGAGACCCGCCGCAAGAAGAGCAGCUGGCGCCGGCACACCGUGGUGGUGCCCGGCGGCCUCAAGGACCUCAACUUCAACGAGUGGAAGGAGCCGCGGGGACUCGAGGGGACGCCGGGACCCUGUCGCGACAAGGACUCGGGGCUCAGCAGCCUGGAGUCCACCAAAGCGCGGCCCGCGGCUCCGGCCCCGCCUGGCACGGCUGGCCCGGGCGCGGCCACCGAGAGCCCCCCGGGCAGCCCCGGCCCCCCGGCGCCCCUGCGCUUCCCGCAGUGUCUGUGACCCCCCCCGGGCCGUGUUUAAUUUAAGGACUGUCCCUUGUCCCCGUAUUUAAUUGUGCUCCGGACGAGCCGCCGGUGUUAUUUAACGGGUCCGUGGGGGGACGGAGCCACCUGGUCCCCCCCGCUUUGGGGAGCAGCGGCGGUGCCCCGGCCCCCAGGCCGUGCCAGGAGGCUCAGGGGACUGUCCCCAGUGGUGGCCCUGCUGUCCCCGGCCGCGGCGGAGCGAAGUGCGGGCACUUCCCUGGGGCCGCGGCUGCUGCGGCCGGGACCUGCCCGGGAUGGGGACACCGGCGACCCUGGGGACCUCGGUGUCACAGACCCCUGUGCUGAGGGACACCGGGGACCUUGUCAGAAACCCUGGGGACCUCGGUGUCACAGACCCUUGUCCUGGGGACCCUGGGGACCUCGAUGAGAGACCCCUGCCCUGGGGCACCUUGGGGACAUCAGGGUUGGGGACAUCAGGGUCAGAGACACCUGCCCUCGAUGACAGACCCCUGCCCUGGGGACCCUGAGGACAUCAGGGUCAGAGACCCCUGCCCUGGGGGACCUUGAUGACAGACCCCUGCCCUGGGGACCCUGAGGACAUCAGGGUCAGAGACCCC